AUGUCGGAUUCGAUGGAUGAUUACGUUCAGGAUCGUUUGGCACAACUAAGCGAAAUCGCGAGACGGAGAAAUCAGCUUCUCCAGGAAAUGUACCAUAUGAUCCAGAGAAGAAAUCACGUUGGCACCAUUCUUGCAUAUGAAGGUGAUGAUGCGGAGGAGCUGCAGGAAUUUCUGGAGCGAUUUGAUCUGGAGAAACACCCGGACACCGGUCACAUAGAUAGUCUGACUGAUACGGAGCUAUUGGUCCCAACGUCGCCACUGGAAAGUCAUGAUACAGACAACACGAACGUCUCAACCCCAAUUGACACUAUACUUCUGUCUCCGGGGCCAGUCGGGUCACAUCAGCAAAUUCCCCUCUUUCCGGACGUUCAGGUUCUAGACUCAGCUGCAAUGGAUAUUGAUCAAUCCAAUAUGCCUUUUCAUACGGAAAGCGGUGGAUAUUGUCCUCCACAGUGGCAGCAGGCUUUUGACCUUUCUGAAUCCGACCUCCCAACAACUGGUGUUGAGGUUCGACCUCGUACGUACAUCAUUCCGGCGCCACAUCACUCGCCGGCACAAGCGUGUUUCCACUUUGACGAUGUCAUUGAGUCGUUGGAUGAUUCUUCAGCGGCAGAAGUAGCCAAGCGAAUCACUGAGCAGAUACAAUAUGACCCGAAGUAUACUUUACCUCCCUCGAAGAUACUUCCAGUCGAAUUCAAUCGUAAGGGCAAGUCUUCUCGACACCAGCGAAAGCGUGACAAAGAGAAGGACAAAAGCGAUAAACCAGGAGAUCGCAGUGAUACCAGAAAAGAGGAUUGGGUCUCCAUGGGUUUUCAUAAGUGGUGCGCUACCAUUCGAGCAAAUCCUGUAUACAAGAAACUUCCAAAAGCCAACAAGUGCAUCACCACCCGGGAGUGGAAUAUCGGUAUGACGGAGCUUAGGUUGAUUCGUACGUUCGAGCGCAUGGAGUUACUUAAGGAGAGUCAAAGAUGGAGCUUCCGGCAGCCUAAGAAGCAACGAGGCGUUGGUAUAUCGGCGAAGUCCCACUGGGACUAUUUGAUGGAUGAGAUGAAAUGGAUGCGUAUUGAUUUUCGCGAGGAAAGAAUAUGGAAGAUGGCUCUGGCUUAUAGCCUCGCACAUGCGGUGAUGGAUUGGCACAUCGCCGGUACCCUAAAAGAACGUGUUUCGAGAGGUAUUUGCGUGCUUUGGAAAAGGCCGCGGCCUCAGACACCCGAAGAAAAGAGCGGAGAUCGUAGAUUCAAUGAUGAAGUCGAGUUGCCAGACAUGGACGAUGAUCGAGAAGUCGAUUCAAGGGAGACAAAUACGCCCGCUAACGACUACGUUUCUGAAGAUGAUAGUGAUGACGAGCAAGAGAAGGAUCGCCCAGACGGGCUAGAUUUGCUGGCAUCAGGAGAGGUCGUUGAGGAUGCAAUCACAACACACGAGGAACUCCGAAUUGACCGUGAUAGUGGUAAGCAAUCGCCUAGCGAUGUUGACCAUUUUCAGCCUAAGUUGGAAGACGUCGAAGACUUGUCUGCCUUGCAUAGUUCAAAUCCCCAAGAUGAUCUCAAUGCCAUGGAUGUGGAUGCAGAGAUUCAGGGGACGUCUGCUGCUGGAGAACGUGAGGAAGCAGUUACGAAAGUCGAAGAGUCUACAGCGCCUCUUCGUGGCCUUAAAUCUGAUUCCAAGGAUCCUAUUCUAGGGAGUAGUAUAAUCGAUGACCGGCAGUCUGCUCCUCUGCCACACAAGUCCAAGCCCAAAUCCAACUCCUAUGCACCUAUCCGGAGUCAAAUUAUGAACUUAGACGAUCACGAAGUUUUCCUGGAUUUGGACGCCUUCGAUCUCGUGAAGGGCAUGUCUGAGCUUUCUACACAUGAUUAUUCAUCUCCUGCUCAUCCCACCCCUGAUCUCUUAUCCAUUUUCCCUAACCUCACACCUCUAUCUCUCUUUGAUCCCAUUGCUCCUGGGGUUAUGUCGGCCGGAGGUUCAGAUGGUCGGAGAAAGUCGGACAAGAAAGCAGACAAAGAUGAUCCGCACAGGAGGGUUGACGAAACGACAGUCAAUCGGCUCGUUCCAAUGAGCGGAUUCAUGCACAUCAGGCCUACGCUUCUUGGCCCUUUGCAGCCAUCACGGCAUUGGAAGGGUGAUCAUUGGAACGACAUCGACGAGAUGCCCGUAGAAACUGAUCCUGAUAUGCUGCCUCCACGACCUGUUGAUGAGACUUCGUGCAGCUUGUUCGAGAACAAGCUCAAUUCGCCCGCUGCGCACUCGUCUUCGCUACCUGGCUCAUCAAAAGGAAACAAAGGUCGUGGAAAUGACCACUACUGGACACCGCACGAAGAUGUUCUGUUGAAACAGUUAUACGAAAAGUAUCAUAAUAACUGGAGACUCAUCGCGGAUGCUUUCAAUUCGUCUAGAGUGACAAUUUCGACAGAUAGAAGGACCGCACAAGAUUGUUUGGAUCGUUGGUUAGCACGUUGGAGCUCGGGAAGCCAUCCACAAGACGAUGUCCAUCCCAAGA